AUGGAAGUCGUUCUUGCCUCCGGCGAGAGCGUAAACGCCAGCGCGAGCCACCAUGCGGAUCUCUUCGCUGCGCUCAAGGGUGGCCAGAACAACUUCGGGAUCUACGAUAUCUCCACUGUCGAGGAGCAAUUGGCGGCGUUCACAGCCUUCAAGAACCCCGCCAAUUUCGACCCCUUCGCCGAGAUCAAACAGAGCUAUCUGUACUACGGUGCCGAGGAUCAGGGAUCCGUCUCCAACAUUAUGUACUAUUCGAAUGCAUCAGCUGCCCCUGCCUCUUUGCAGCGGUUUACGGACAUCAAGCCACAGGCGCUGAACACGAUGCGCAUUUCCAAUAGCACGGAUUUCAGUGCAGAGCUUACACGCUACCAGCCUAUGGACCAAUAUGUCGUUCACGCAACGGCAACCUUUCGGGUCUCGCCCACCAUCCUCAAGAAGGUGUACGACGCGUGGAACGCGACCACCUUGAACAUUGCGGGGGAUGUUCUGAACCUGACCAGCGUGCUCGUCUAUCAGUCCAUCCCUGCGUUGCAGCCGGCAUCGGGACCGCCAAACAGCCUCGGGAUUCCGCCGGACAGCCAUCCGGAACGGAAUCAGGUCCUCUGCCUCGUGUCCCUCUAUUGGCCACUGGAGAAAGACUCUCAGCUUGUCCAGCAAGCGACCCAGUCCAUUAUCAGGGCAGUGGAUGCGCUGACCGCGGAGGAGGGUGUUCAAGUGCCAUACCGGUACUUGAAUUACGCGGCCUCCUGGCAAAGCCCGAUCGGCAGUUACGGUCCGGCCAGCGUGGAAGUGUUGUAA